AGUGGCCAUCUUAGGCUUAAGUAUAUUGGGAAUUUAUUGCACCUGAGAUACCUAGGUCUUGCAGAGACAAAAAUUUGUGAACUCCCAUCAAGUAUUGGGAAGUUGCAGUAUUUGCAGGUGUUGGAUGUAUGGGGCAACUCCGAUCUGCAAGAAUUUCCACCGUCUAUUAUUAAGCUGAAAAGACUGAUAUGCCUGCGAGCUACCUGUUAUAAAAUGGUUGUUUUUCCGGAUGGGUUUGGGAAUCUGACAUCUUUGGAAGUGUUGACCGGGAUACCUGCAUCCCUAAACAUUGUGAAAGAGCUGUGUAACCUAGCAAGAUUGAGGGUGCUGGAAAUUUUCUUUACUUAUGAUCAGAGCUUGGAGGUGGAGGGAGCUUUCGUAGAAUCUGUUUGCAAGCUGCCAAAUAUCCAAAGUUUAACCGUGCAGGGUUCUUUUGAAUCCAUGGAUCUCUUUAGUGGGCGCUGGGUGCCUUCUCAACAUCUGCGCAUAUUUGACUGGUACAAUGCAGGCGUAUUCUCCACACUGCCAGCGUGGAUAAGGAGAUAUCCCUCUCAUCUUUCUAACCUCUCCGAUUUACGCAUCAAUGUCAAGAACCUGCAGGAGGAGGACCUGCGAGUCCUUGGGAUGUUGCCGUCUCUUCGUAUUCUCGGCUUAUGCAGCACCCACCAAACUGAAAGGCUUCUAGUCAUCGGUGCUGAUGCAUUCCACUGCCUUGCAACAUUCAUAGUGCAUUUGACGCCACCUGCGCAAAUAAUUUUUGGACAAGGAGUUUUGCCAAGGGCUGAAGAAGUUGGUUUCAGUUUUGGUGUGCGGUUGGCUAAAGAUGAAGGCAAUGAUGAUUUUGACAGCGGCCUGGGGAACCUGCUCUCCCUUCAGCGGGCCUUUCUUAGAAUCUGUUGUGGUGGAGUGACAGUUGGGGUGGCGAGGAAAGCGGAGGCUGUGCUCAGGCACCAAGUCGACGUCCAUCCUAAUCACCCUGAAGCUACAAUUAGUACCGGGCAGUCCAUACCACAAGAUGCUGAUGAAGAUCAACUUUUAUGAAGAAGAGGGGAUGAAUUCACAGCUGCUCACCCUCGUCCACCUAAGACUUUCUUUCUUAUAAUAACCAUAUGCACCUCUAGUUCUUCCUAGCUAUUAGAUCCACAUGUACAUUUUUCUUGAUUACUCACAAUUUCGUUCUUUCUUUCUCAGACUGAAUUUAACCAUAUGCACCUCUAGUUCUGUCAUUUUUCUUUCCCUGGUUGAAUUUCGCCCUAGGCAGCCCGUUAGGUUAGAGGGGGCUGUGCGCACACGGGUUCGUGAUUUUGAAGCAGGCCCGAAUGGCAAAAGGUACAAAACCUCUGCAGCUGCAGAGAAGGCCUGCCAAGCCCAUAUCUAGCCCAAUAAUGGGAAUGUUGCUUCUUUUUUGACAGCAAUAAUGAGGAUUCCCCUAAAAAAAGCAAUAAUGGGGAUGUAUUCUAUAAGAUAAGACGUGGAUUUGUAUAGGUCACUUAUUUCUGGACGGAGCGAGUAUAUUAUUGUAACAUGAUAAUUGUUUUCUAAA